AUGGGGGGAGGGAUGGAGGCGGACCUGACCCACGGCGCCGUGGAGGCCAUGUCGCGGCCGGCGGCAAGGCUGCGGCCGGUGCUGCAGGUGGUGUGCGGCCCCACCGCCCGGGGCAACGGCGUGCCGCGGUACCGGGUCCUGCUCUCCGAUGGCAUGCACUCCCAGCAGGCCAUCCUCCCGACCUCCGUCAACGGCCUCGUCUCCACCGGCCGGCUCCGCGACGGCUCCGUCGUGCGCGUCCUCGACUACGUCUCCCAGUCCGCCUACUGCGGAAGGGUCAUCACUGUUAUCCAACUUGAAAUACUGCAAACUGAGUGCACAUUGAUUGGCAGUCCCAAAAUUUAUCAGGGUCUGUUCUGCUCUUCUGUUGCUGCAAGGGAAGAACAUGCCGUGAACCCAUUUUAUGGUCCACUGCUGACACAAAAUACAACAAAUGCCAAGAUGCAGCAGCUUUCACUGAACUCUCAUCAAGGGAAAAAUCCUGUGGUUCCUCCCUUUGGUUUUAGCCUUGGCCGUCCUGACAAUACUUGUGGGCGCCCUGAACAGUCUUUGUAUCAGCAACAACCUCUGGUGUAUAUGAAUAGAGGUCCUGUUGUUAAUAAUGACGCGCCAUUUUAUGUCACCCCGAUUGCUGCGUUGAACCCAUACCAAGGAAGAUGGACAAUCAAGGGCAGGGUGACUGCAAAGACUGAUAUCCGGCACUUUGGUGCAGGGAAAGUCUUCUCCUUUGAUCUCCUUGAUGCGCAGGGUGGAGAAAUUCGUGCAAUAUGUUUCAAUUCAGCAGUUGAUCAGUUUUCUGAGCAAAUUGUGGUUGGAAAUGUGUACUUGAUAACUGGAGGAUUGCUUAAACCUGCACAGAAGUUCAACCAUUUAAGCCAUGCGUACGAAGUGGUACUGGAUACUUCAGCGUCUGUAGCAAUUGGCUCCAGUGAUGAUAGUGGCAUCCCUUGGCAGCAAUACAAUUUCCAACUGAUCAAUGAAAUACAAAAUCUGCAUAACGGAGAUAUGAUAGAUUUGCUUGGAGUUGUUACGUCAGUUAACCCUUCUGUCACAGUAAUGCGGAAGGAUGGUACGGAAACCCAGAAAAGAUCCCUUCAACUGAAGGACAUGUCUGGUUGCUGUGUGGAAAUAACUCUUUGGGGGAAUGUCUGUAAUGCUGAAGGUCAGCUGUUGUACUCGAUGUGUGUUUCUGGAUUUGAUCCUGUACUUGCUCUGAAAGGUGGCCGUGUCCAUGAAUUCAGUGGCAAAACUGUGGACACAAUCAGCUCAAGCUUGUUAAAAGUAAAUCCGGACUUGCCUGAGGCAGAAAGGCUGGUGCAGUGGUACAUAACUGAAGGAGAAUUUGGUGUUUGUACUUCUUUAUCUCAGGAAAUCUUAGUCGUGAACAAAACAAUUGCACAUAUCAAGGAAGAAGCUCUAGGGCGAUCAGAUAAGCCAGAUUGGAUAACUGUUGAAGGUACAAUUUCACACAUCAGCACCGAGAGGUUUUCUUAUCCAUCUUGCACCAGGGAGCUUGAUGGUAAGCGCUGCUACAGAAAGGUUACUCAUAAUGGUGAUGGGACGUGGCAUUGUCCCAAAUGCGAGCAGAGCUCUCAAAACUGCGAGCAGAGGUACUUGUUGCAGUGCAAGAUUGAGGAUCGCACUGGGACAACCGUUGCUACUGCAUUCCAAGCGGCUGGCGAGGAAAUACUUGGCCUCACAGCACAAGAGCUUUUCACGAUAAAGAAUGUGUCUCAAGAUGCCGCACAAUUCGCAGAAAUAAUAAAGAGGGCCUGUUCUCAGCUAUACCUAUUAAAGCUGAAAAUCAAGGAAGAAGUCUAUGGUGACGAGAUGCGUGUGAAAGUCAGCAUCGCUAAAGCUGAAAGAUUGGAUGUCACCCUGAAACAGAGUUCUGUUCCCAGAGCAUCUCAUAUCCUUUCAGAUGAUGGCUUAGGCCUGAGGGCGGCGGUGAGUGUGCGGAACUGCCCCGCAGUCAUGGAUAUGCAGAAACCAGCAGCUGGAGGGGGCUUCGCUGCUAGUUCAUGCUGUUAUAGGCCUCCUAACGCUGGCUCAGACCCAUGCUUCAAACAAUCAAACCUGGUCAGCCUGAGCACAUCCCCAGAGAGUUUCCACGGAAGGCUACAUGUGAUGCCUCUUCAGCAGGCACCACCACCUUCAGAUGUGAUCAGUCUUGGCCAUUAUUCACUAAAAAAUGGUCGGCCUGGGCACUUCGCUUGACUGUCUAGCUCAGGCUAGUGCCCACCAGCGAGAGGCUUGUGGGAAUGGUGACGCGUCAGGAGGAUAAGACACUCGUAUGUUGGUAAUCUUCGAACUAUAUUAUGCCGAUCAUGUAGCAUCUUUGUUCGGUUUAAGUCGUGCUUUGUAGUCUCUUAAAUCUACCUCCUG